AUUUACUCUAACAGAACGCUAGGGAAAUCAACUUUUUGUACAUUUAAAAUGCAACAUGAAAAACAAAAAGAUUUUAAAGAUGGUAAAUUGUGACCAUGAAGGGAUGCACAUGGUUAGAAACAAUACUCAUAUCCUGUGGAAUUCAAGCGAUUCAAUUCAAUUAAAUUUUAUAUGUAUAGCACUUUUUACAAUAGACAGUCUCAAAGCAGCUUUUACAGAAAUAUAUAAACACGGUAUACAGAUAUUAAAAGUGUGAAUUUAUCCCAACUGAGCAAGCUGGUGGCAAGGAAAAACUCCCUAAGAUGUUAAGAGGAAGAAACCUUGAGAGGAACCAGACUCAGAAGGGAACCCAUCCUCAUCUGGGUAACAACAGAUAGUGUGAAAAAGUUAAUUAUGGUUUUAUAUGAAGUCUGUUUGGCUUUAGAAGCAGCCGUAGUCCCAGCAAUCAGGAACUGAAGAAGAUGAGAGCUCCAUCCAGAGGUAGGAUGAUGAUUGAUUGGUAUUAACAGGCCCAAAGUGUACCAAGAAAACAUUCCCCACACCACCUCCACCAGCCUGGACUGUUGACACAAGGCAGGUUGGAUCCACACAUUCAUGCGGUUGGUGCCAAAUUCUGACCCGACCAUCUGUGUGCUUCAGCAGAAAUCGAGAUUCGUCAGACCGGACUAUGUUUUCAUGAUUUCCAGACUGUUGAGUUUUGGUGAGCCUGUGCCCACUACAGCCUCAGCUUGUUCUUGGCUGACAGAAGUGAAACCAACGUGGUUUCCUGCUGUCGUAGUCCAUCCGUAUCUGCAUGAUUGUAUGCAUGGCACUGCUGCCACACAAUUGGCUGAUUAGAUAAUCGCAUGAAUGAGAUGAUGUACGGGUGUUCCUAAUAAAGUGCUCCAUGAGUGCAUAUUGCCGUUCAGGUUAUUUUCAAAAUGAUUAUUAUCAGAGGCUCUCGGCCAAUUGAGCUGUUGGCUAGUCUUUGCAUACAGGAAAUACAUUUUGGAUGUCUCGCGAGACUGUCCACUCUAUACAUUAUUGUGACCCGUAACAUGUUCAGUGCGCGGCCUUAUUCCGCAACGCACGAGCUGUUACCAUAGUGAUCAACUUUCCAGACGCUUCCUCGCGCUGAGCAAGUGGACAAGGUAAAGAACGUCGAGAAAGUAAUUCAGAACUUCCAACUGAUGAUUGAUGAACACGAAAAGACGACAAAACAGCGAGUCUGUCUAGAGUAAAACACACAGACGGACACUGUCGGACAUGUUGGCGGAGAGGCUCCUAGACGCAGACCGCAGGCCCGGUGCUGGUUGGUUGAAACCUGCUGCCUGUUACCCGGAUGUAGCAGUGGGGAAACUACGUCAUUGUUCACCGCCGGGCGCUCUAUGGAUAUUAUAAUGGACGAACACAACUAGAUAAUUAUUAAUAAAAACCACAGAAUGAACGAUGACUAUAGUUGACAAAGCUUCAGAGAAAUCUGACUUUGGGUCAGCGCAGUGCAAACACUCCGGCUCCCUGACUCCUGUCUCCUCUGGAGGCGUGGACAACGGCAGCUCCAGCUGGAGUGUCGACUCUUCUACAGCCGAGCUUUCCAGGGCCAUGGCUACCUGUGUUGAAGUUGCUGUGUACGGAGGAACUACAACACUUCCUGCUGAGAGGACAAAUGAGCAAGUGGCCAUGAGUUUUGGCGAUGGCAUCACUCUGCCCCAAAAGGUCCUGUUUCCAUCAGAGCGUCUCAGCUUGAAAUGGACCCAAGUCCAUCGUAUUGGAGCAGGCCUCCAGAACCUGGGCAACACAUGUUUCCUGAAUUCAGCUCUUCAGUGUCUUUCAUACACUGCACCUCUUGCCAACUACAUGUUGUCCAGAGAGCAUUCCAAAACAUGUCAUGAGCCUGGAUUUUGCAUGCUGUGUACCAUGCAGAAUCACAUCACCCAGGUGUUUGCUAAUUCGGGGAAUGCCAUUAAGCCCCUUGGAGUGUUGCAUGAACUAAAACGGAUUGCAAAGCAUUUCCGGUGUGGGAAUCAAGAGGAUGCCCACGAGUUCUUGCGGUACACAGUGGAUGCUAUGCAAAAGGCCUGUCUGCCUUCCAAUAAACUUGACAGGCAAACACAGGCCACUACUCUGAUCCAUCAGAUAUUUGGAGGAUAUUUGAGGUCCAGAGUAAAGUGUGGGAACUGCAAAGCAGUAUCAGACACCUUUGAUCCUUAUUUGGAUAUUGCAUUGGAUAUCAAGAAUGCCCCAACUAUUACCAAGGCUCUUGAGCAGUUUGUUAAGGCUGAACAGUUGGAUUGGGAGAACGCCUACAAGUGCAGCACUUGUAAGGAAAUGGUGCAAGCCUCAAAAAGAUUAAGCAUUCACCGCAACUCCAAUGUGCUCACCAUCUCUCUGAAACGCUUUGCCAACUUCAAUGGAGGCAAAAUCUCCAAGGAUGUGAGAUACUCGGAGUAUCUUGACUUGCGGCCCUACAUGUCUCAGUCUCACGGAGAGUCGCAGAUUUACGGGCUGUAUGCUGUUCUGGUGCACUCAGGCUUCAGCUGCUAUGCUGGACACUACUACUCCUACGUAAAAGCAAGUAAUGGUCAGUGGUAUCAGAUGAAUGAUUCAUCAGUGACUCCCACUGAUUUACGAUCUGUGCUGAACCAACAAGCAUACCUGCUGUUCUACAUCAAGCACGGGUCUACAGAUCUGAAAAGUGGAGAUUCGACCCAGAUGGGUUUUACUCCAGGUCACUCAUCCCCACGACCAGUUGUAACACCCAAGCUAAACGGGCAUUCUUAUACUUCCUCAUCAAUAAUUGGACCACAACUCCCUCCUCACAUGUUAAAGAAUAACUCGUAUGUCAACGGAACUGGUUCCUCAAAAGAGCAUUACAGUGGCUCAAAGCCCAGCAGCAGUGACGUUAGCGGAGUGAACAAAGCCGCCUCCAAUUUGUCACACUCUUCCAUAUCGUCCUCCGUUUCUCAACAACCCGUCCAGCCCACAGGCAUCCCAGAGCCACAGAAGAGGCCCAAGAUGAGCUUUGUCGUCGGCUACGGAAAGGUGGUGCGGUGCAACCGGACUCCAUCAACCUCCAACAGCUCAGCCAGCAAUUCACACCCACAGUCCUCAUCCUCUACCUCAAAAUUCCAGCGCUCCAAGCAGGUCAACGGCACAUCCUCGUAUCGCAGUGCUACUUUCCUGGUUCCUUAUGACGAGGAAUCAUCUGAGGAGUCUGACCAGGAGAGUAGAGUCAUGGACAAUGGUACAGCUAAGUCUCAUGGCGUUGCCAAGGCAGCCAGUGGGGACGGAGGCAUGCACAGCCCUCACUAUCAUAGUUCAAGCUCACUUUUGCCCGAAAGAAACGGAUCUAACAGCUUGUCAGAGUCUCACACCGGUGAAAAUGGGUCAGGACAUGGCCCCCUGAAUGGCUAUCACAAAGUCAACGGUUUCAAACAUCCUGACAAAGCGUCAGACAGUCCAACUUCUGAAUCGUCCGUAAGCGACACUAACAGUUUGGAUUCUCAGAGUGCGUCAAGCUCCAAGUCAGAGGGCCUCCUCUCCUCAACACCCUCCACGGAAAGGGCUAAACCACUCACUGAUCCGCUCACUAAGCCUGUCUCGCACCCAGUACCCACACCCGGCGCAGACACCCAGACACUGGCUAAGCCAGCAGAAGUGACGCCUAGCACGCAGGCAGCCUUAACAGAGGCAUCAAGUCAAGUGAAGGCCACAGCAGAGUCCACUCUGAGCAAUCACAGUCUCACCCAGCAGGCGAGUGAUGAGUUUGCAUCGUCAAACAAACCCAAGGUGGAGAUGGAGUCUGUAAACGGCGCGAAUGGCAAAGACGACGUGAAAACAUGUCAGUCAGACAAACCCAGCUCUUGGGAAGGAAAAAGCCACCAAGAGCACGAUAGAGAUUUAAAGCAGCCACAUGUUUCUCCUGCCGCAAAGGACAGAGAUAAAGACAAGGAGAGUUAUCGAAACUACAGAGAGCUCCAGGACAGGAGCAGAGAACGUUAUGGACAUGGCCAUCGGCCAGAGAGAGAGUAUUAUCCACGUAAGGAUCGCUCCCGCAGUCACCACAGAGAUAAAGAGGGAACUCGGUGCCGAGACAGAUAUGCGUACCACCGCCGAGACCACCAUUACAAAAGAGGCCGGUCGCGGGAUUGGGAGCGGGACAGAAGAUACCAGUCCUUGCACUGCUCUUCAAACCGCUAUUAUAGAGAGCUGGGCUGGCGCCGUGCACGCGAAGACAGUCGUGAUCGGUGGCACUACAAUGGAGAGCAGAGCAGCAAUAGAGCAAAGCCCUCCUCUCCACGUUCUACCAGCCCCUCGCCCCGGCACAGGACCAGAAAACUCAUCUUGUCAGGUGAAGACAGCACAUCUGAGGAGCGCAGGGCCAAGAAAUACAAAAAAUCUAAGAAGAAAAAUAAAGAUAAGCACAGGAGUUUGGAAAGGGACGUGUCCGACAAGACCCAGGACAGCAGCUCCAGCCUACACAAAAAGAAGAAAAAGAAGAAGAGGAGGCGCGAGGCGGAGGACGGAGCUCGCAGGGAGAGACAGUCCACCCUCAGCUCAGACAAGCGUGACUGGAAUGGCGAAGAGAGGAGAAGCCAUAAGUGCCGGCGCAGCUCUGACCAAGAUGGUUCUCCUCACCGUGCCAAGCUGUCAUGCACCGAGGACCAUCGGCAGCUCAACGGUCACUCGGCAGGUGAUGGUGUAAACCGUUACAACGGAUAUGUCCAAGGAUUCUGUCAUAAAGAAAUGGAUGCACCGGUUAAAUAUGGAGACCUGAACCAUACUUCCUCUAACAACAAUGGGAAGAUAUUCUUAUGUGGAGGAGACAAUGGAGAGACAGGUCCUGUGCCAUGCAGAUAAAACAGCGACUUCGGGAGACCUGCCUCAGACCUAAGAUCUCAGAGGACAAGGAAGAACUCGACACUUUCUAAAUAUUGUAAAGGUGCUUUAUUCAAUAAAGACAUAAUGUAUUUUUUGCAACAAAAAUGCUUUAAAUUUUUUUUUUUUUUUUUAGGGUUAAGGAUUUUUUUUACCAUGCUAUACAGCUGAACUUUGAAGAAAAACUCAAUGGAAAAAUGUAAAAAAAAAAAUAUAAAUAUAUAUAUAUAUACACACUUAACCUGGAAGAAGAAGCCUGGAGCUUUAACAUCAAAACUGCUGCUCAGACAUAGACUCAGGACUUUCUCACUUGUGAAGAUGACACACAUUCUCCCUUUAAGGAUGCGUACCUGGGAAUGAUGGAAAAAAGUGAACUAAAAUGCUGCAUAAAAAGUGGAAAGACUGCCUCCUGACUGCAAGCUAUGAUGUCACCGAUGUCACAUUUCUGUUUAAAAUCUCAACGGAAUGGAUAUUACGAGUGCUUUGUGUGCACUUACACCACAGUUAACCUGGACACACUUGACAUUUUCUGACAUUUUACUUUCCCCAUUUUUAUCAUUUCUUUUAAACUCGAGACUGUAAAACUCCAGGACCUAUCUAAUGGCAUUAUAUAUGGUCUUGUCCAAUUUUCUUCACAUAGGAAAAAUGUACAUUGCAUUAGAUCAUGUAUGGCUGUGGAUUAUUUUGUGCGUAGGUUUUUAAUCUUUAUUUUUCGUGUUACAAAUACUGUGAAUUUAAGUUCAACUGUACUAUCAGUUAUUUGUUUGCAAUCCUGUAUCAGGAGUUCAGUAUAAACACUUCUUUUAGAAAUACCACUCAGCAUAAUGUAGGCCAUGCUCUAAAAUACCCCCCCACAACACCACUUUUUUUUUUUUUUUUUUU